CUUCGCAGUGUUGUGCUGUUGUGACUGUUGUCUUUUAGUUUUCAAUUAUUUUGAUUAGAACCGACGCCAUGGCUGACGAUGAUGAUUUCAUGAUGGAGAACGAAGACUUCGACUAUCAGGAGGAAGAAGAGGAAGAACCGGACGUGGAUCUGGAGAACACUUACUACAACGCGAAAGCCAUGAAGGAAGAAGAUCCUCGUGUGGCACUGGAGCAAUUCCAAUCGGUUGUGGUGCUGGAAGGCGACAACAAGGGCGACUGGGGCUUCAAAGCCCUCAAGCAGAUGAUCAAGAUCCAUUUCCGUAUGAACAAUCAGCAGGAGAUGAUGCGCCGCUAUCAUCAGCUGUUGACGUACACAAAAAGCGCCGUCACCCGCAACUACUCGGAAAAGUCCAUAAAUGGCAUCUUGGAUUAUGUAUCCACAUCCAACAACAUGGAUUUGCUGCAGGAAUUCUAUCAGACAACGCUGGAGGCCCUGAAGAUCUCUAAGAACGAACGAUUAUGGCAUAAGACCCUCAUGAAGCUGGGCAAACUGUACUUUGAACGCGGAGAGUAUGUCAAGUGUCAGAAGAUUAUUAAACAGCUGCGGGCUAGCUGCUUGAAUGAGUCCGGCGAGGAUGAUCUCAAAAAAGGAACUCAGCUGCUGGAGAUUUACGCCCUCGAAAUCCAGAUGCACACCGCGCAGAAGAACAACAAAGCUCUGAAGACAUUGUACGAACAGUCUCUACGUGUUAAAUCCGCUAUUCCCCAUCCGAACAUUAUGGGUGUCAUUCGCGAAUGUGGCGGUAAAAUGCAUCUGCGUGAAGGGGCUUUCGAUGAAGCGCACACUGACUUCUUUGAGGCAUUCAAAAAUUACGAUGAGUCAGGAAGUCCACGACGUAUUACGUGUCUGAAAUACUUGGUCCUGGCAUCCAUGUUAAUGAAGAGUGCUAUCAAUCCCUUUGAAUCACAGGAAGCUAAGGCUUACCGCAAUGAUAAGGAGGUUUUGGCGAUGACGGAACUUAUUGAAGCUUAUCAGGCGCACAAUAUCAAUGGAUUUGAAAAAAUUUUGAAGACAUCGGGAAAUCACCUAAUGGAGGAUGAGUUCAUACGGGAACAUAUUGAGAUGCUUUUGCGCAACAUUCGCACCGAAAUCCUUAAGAAAUUGAUACUGCCCUACGAGCGCUUAUCGUUGGAUUACAUUGCUAAAGAGCUCAAUUCACCCAUUGAGGAAGUGGAGAAUCUGCUCAAAACCUGUAUUUUGGACGGUGUUGUCAAGGGGUUGAUUCAUAAACCUUCGCAGACAUUGAUCUUAGAAACCGAGGAUCCUGAGCAAAAGGAAGCUUUGAGUGUUCCUCUGUCGAAUUGGCUUACAUGUGCCAAGCGUUUGCACGAUGACACUGUUGAGCGGCUGAUCAAAAGUUUUUGAUCCCUUAGUUCAUCUGGUCAGUUCUGCACAGAUUCUGUAGAUUUUUUCCGAUCUUUGUUUGACAGAUAUGUGACUAUGCUGAAGUCGGAGAAUGUGAGAUGACUAGCUUGAACUUACUAGUAUGUUCUUUGAUUUCUUCUUCGUUUUAUUAGUGAAAAGCGGCAUAUUUAAAUUCCAUUUUAUUUCUUUCGGUUCUGAAUAAAUUACGGCACAUGUA